CCCAGGAAAGCUCGAAGGCAGAGAUAGACUCGCGUCUCUAAGACAUACACAUAAUAUAGCCGCAACCGCGGCGGCCUUACUUUCCCGGAGUUGCAUCCCCUUUUGGGCAAAGAGCUGAGGCGACCAGGGUCUAACCUACGUGAAAGGGCAGCCACCUGGCCCUACCCGGGCUCAACGCCGAGCCUCUCGGAGGUACGGCCUCCCGGGGACCUUCCAGACUGGUCGGCGCAUCAGCGACGCAAGCGAAGGGCGGGGACCUCCGAAGGAGUGUGUUACUUAGACAUCCAGCGCACUGCCUGACCCGAAGUACCGACCCGAGUUACGCCCACCCUCCAACUUUGCGAUGGAAAUGUGUCAUCGAAAGCCAGGUACACCAGGGGUUGGAAAAACUACACUAGGCAAAGAACUUGCGUCAAAAUCGGGACUGAAAUACAUUAAUGUUGGUGAUUUAGCUCGAGAAGUCUGAUCAUCGGAUAUCAUGGAGUCUGGCAAGAUGGCUUCUCCCAAGAGCAUGCCGAAAGAUGCACAGAUGAUGGCACAAAUCCUGAAGGAUAUGGGGAUUACAGAAUAUGAGCCAAGAGUUAUAAAUCAGAUGUUGGAGUUUGCCUUCCGAUAUGUGACCACAAUUCUAGAUGAUGCAAAAAUUUAUUCAAGCCAUGCUAAGAAAGCUACUGUUGAUGCAGAUGAUGUGCGAUUGGCAAUCCAGUGCCGCGCUGACCAGUCUUUUACCUCUCCUCCCCCAAGAGAUUUUUUAUUAGAUAUCGCAAGGCAAAGAAAUCAAACCCCUUUGCCACUGAUCAAGCCAUAUUCAGGUCCUAGGUUGCCGCCUGAUAGAUAUUGCUUAACAGCUCCAAACUAUAGGCUGAAAUCUUUACAGAAAAAGGCAUCAACUUCUGCGGGAAGAAUAACAGUCCCGCGGUUAAGUGUUGGUUCAGUUACUAGCAGACCAAGUACUCCCACACUAGGCACACCAACCCCACAGACCAUGUCUGUUUCAACUAAAGUAGGGACUCCUAUGUCCCUCACAGGUCAAAGGUUUACAGUGCAGAUGCCUACUUCACAGUCUCCAGCUGUAAAAGCUUCAAUUCCUGCAACCUCAGCAGUUCAGAAUGUUUUGAUUAAUCCAUCAUUAAUUGGGUCCAAAAACAUUCUUAUUACCACUAAUAUGGUGUCAUCACAAAAUACUGCCAAUGAAUCAUCAAAUGCAUUGAAAAGAAAACGUGAAGAUGAUGAUGAUGACGAUGAUGAUGACGAUGACUAUGAUAAUUUGUAAUCUAGCUUUGCUGCAUGUAACAUGUAUACUUGGUCUUGAAGUCAUUGUACUGAUAUUAAACAUGCAUGCUGGAUGUUUUCAAGUUGUGUUUUAGAAAACUUUAAUAAUAUUUAAUGAGUAAAUACAGUUACCAUACUUUUCGAUUGAAAUGAAGGUUUUUCAUCAGCCUUAAAAGUGUAAGAAAAAUAAAGUUGUCAUUCAUU